ACUACAUUACCCGGAAGGCUACAGUCACCCCUGCGGGUUGCUGUGAGUGUAUAUCAGAAUUUUAAUGACUUGCUUCUGCUAAAUUUGGUCAAAGAAGUCACUACAGAAGGCUUGUUGUUAGCGCUGUACAGGGAGCACUUUGCAGACGUUUCUUCUCACGGCGAUGGGUCUGGAUUGUGUUAGGAAAUGUGCAAAUAAGGAAAGAAAUAAGUAAAACACAAAAAUAAUAAAAUAUUGAGCUUAGUAAAUGAACAGAACAAUUACAAAAACAAUAGUAAAAACUAAAAGUGAAUCGAAAGGAAGAAAAAAAUCAUAAAGGUGAAAGGAAAUCUUUGGAAGGGAGAUGGGAUGCUUUUUUAUACGAAUGUGAAAUUCCGAUCAUUACAACCCGGAUUAGUAGUCGGCAGACCUUGAGCCAGUAACAAAAGGUUAAUAAUAAACACGCUCGUAGUUCUUAAAAUAUUGACAGAAUCCUAUCGAAUUUACAUUGGAAGCGAAGAUACUUGCUGUUGUAUUUCAGAUAAAACACCUGGAAUGUUGCAACGUUAUUUGCGAAGGGAUAAGCGGAUACAAAGCGUUCUUGCAUGAAACUGUGCUAGAAGAAAUUACGCUUCCGAGAAGACGGGAGUGUUAAUGAGGGCUGUCGAAUUUAUGUGAAUAACUGAGAAGUUGUUAUAUUGUCAACAUCCUGGAAGGAAUAAAUACCAUAUUGAUGAUUCGAGACCUGAGCAAGAUGUACCCCCAGGCUAGGCACCCAGCUCCACAUCAACCAGCCCAGCCCUUUAAAUUCACCAUAUCGGAGUCCUGCGAUAGGAUUAAAGAAGAGUUUCAGUUUUUACAGGCUCAGUACCACAGUUUGAAGCUGGAAUGUGAAAAAUUGGCUAGUGAGAAGACUGAAAUGCAGCGGCAUUACGUCAUGUAUUACGAGAUGUCGUAUGGACUGAACAUAGAGAUGCACAAACAGGCAGAGAUUGUCAAGAGGCUGAAUGCUAUUUGUGCCCAAGUUAUUCCCUUCUUAUCCCAGGAGCACCAGCAGCAAGUGGUCCAAGCAGUGGAGAGAGCCAAGCAGGUUACCAUGGCAGAGCUAAACACCAUCAUUGGGCAGCAGCAGCUUCAGGCUCAGCAUCUGUCACAUGGGCAUGGCCUUCCAGUUCCCCUCACGCCCCACCCCUCUGGUCUGCAGCCUCCGGCCAUCCCUCCCAUGGGCAGCAGUGCAGGUCUCCUGGCCCUGUCCAGCGUGCUCAGUGGACAUCCUCAACUGCCAAUCAAAGAUGAGAAAAAACACCAUGAGAAUGAUCACCAAAGAGAUAGAGACUCUGUAAAGAGUUCGUCUGUGUCACCAUCGGCUAGUUUCAGAGCAGGAGAGAAACACAGGAACUCGACGGAUUACUCCUUGGACAGCAAGAAACAGAAGACUGAUGACAAAGAUUUGGCAACCCGCUAUGAUAGCGAUGGAGAGAAGAGUGAUGACAACUUGGUGGUUGAUGUUUCUAAUGAGGACCCAGUUUCUCCUCGAGGAAGCCCAGCACAUUCCCCAAGAGAGAAUGGCCUGGAUAAGCCACGCUUGAUCAAGAAGGAUGCUCCAAUCAGCCCAGCCUCUCUAGCUUCCUCCAGCAGCACCCCAUCGUCAAAGUCAAAAGAGCUUAACCUUAAUGAGAAAUCUACUACUCCAGUGUCAAAAUCCAGCACCCCAACUCCACGCUCAGACGCUCCAACUCCAGGCAGCAACUCCACUCCAGGACUGCGGGCUGUACCUGGCAAGCUACUAGGAGCUGACCCAUUAGCUCCUGGUUUACGGACCCCCAUGGCAGUGCCAUGCCCUUACCCGGCUCCUUUUGGCAUUGUUCCUCAUGCUGGCAUGAACGGUGACCUGACCAGCCCAGGGACAGCCUAUGCUGGCCUGCACAGCAUUUCUCCACAGAUGAGUGCUGCCGCUGCAGCCGCUGCAGCCGCUGCUGCCUACGGCCGAUCACAGGUGGUUGGCUUCGAUCCACACCACCAUAUGCGCGUUCCUGGGAUCCCGCCGAACCUGUCUGGCAUCCCUGGAGGAAAACCAGCAUACUCAUUUCAUGUGAGUGCUGACGGACAGAUGCAACCUGUGCCCUUCCCUCCUGAUGCUCUGAUUGGUCCGGGGAUCCCUCGGCAUGCCCGUCAGAUCAACACUUUGAGUCACGGAGAGGUGGUGUGCGCAGUUACCAUCAGUAAUCCCACUAGACACGUGUAUACUGGUGGCAAGGGCUGUGUGAAGGUCUGGGACAUCAGUCACCCUGGCAACAAGAGCCCAGUGUCUCAGCUGGACUGUCUGAACAGAGAUAAUUACAUCCGUUCCUGCAGAUUGCUCCCCGACGGGCGCACCCUGAUUGUCGGCGGGGAGGCCAGCACGUUAUCCAUCUGGGACCUGGCGGCUCCCACCCCGCGCAUUAAGGCCGAGUUGACGUCCUCGGCGCCUGCCUGCUACGCUCUGGCCAUCAGUCCUGACUCCAAGGUGUGCUUCUCCUGCUGCAGUGACGGCAACAUCGCAGUCUGGGACCUGCACAACCAGACACUAGUCAGGCAAUUCCAGGGCCACACGGAUGGAGCCAGCUGUAUUGAUAUUUCCAAUGAUGGCACCAAGCUGUGGACGGGAGGCUUGGACAACACAGUCAGGUCCUGGGACCUCCGAGAAGGAAGGCAGCUACAGCAACAUGACUUCACUUCCCAGAUAUUUUCUUUGGGAUACUGCCCUACAGGAGAAUGGCUGGCUGUGGGAAUGGAGAACAGUAAUGUGGAGGUGUUGCAUGUCACAAAACCAGACAAAUACCAGUUACAUCUCCAUGAGAGCUGUGUGCUGUCACUGAAAUUUGCCCAUUGUGGUAAAUGGUUUGUGAGCACUGGGAAAGAUAACCUGCUGAAUGCCUGGAGGACCCCUUACGGAGCCAGCAUAUUCCAGUCCAAGGAAUCGUCCUCCGUGCUUAGCUGCGAUAUCUCUGUGGAUGAUAAAUACAUUGUCACAGGCUCCGGGGACAAGAAGGCCACCGUCUAUGAAGUUAUUUAUUAGACAGAGAAUCUGAAUACAAAGAGGACUCCUACCGAAGCACUUUGUUAUAGUUGAUCAUUAAGACUGACUAGUGAAGCAAAGAUUUGUUGAAAAAAGAAAAAAAAAAACUAAACAAAGAAACAGGCAUCUGCUGCACUGACUUCAACUUAUUUUACUACUAUAUUAUGGAUGUACAGUAAACACAUCUGAUACCAAAUCUUCAGAGCAGAAUUAACUGUUAGAAUGAACUGAGCUUACUUUCCAUGAACUGAACACAUUAACUAUGUACAAUAGUUUAUUCUAUUUAUUUAAGAAUAUUUUCUAACCAAUACUUAAAUUCAAUUGGAUGGAGCUGCUAGGCACGUCUGUUGAAAUUAAAGAAGGAUGGAAUUAUCUCCAGACUUGGGAAGGAAGUUCUGUUCUCUUGCAAAAGCCAAAUAUUUUUACAACAAUGUUCAUUUGGAAUUUAAUGCUUUUGGAUUACAUUCCAGUUACUAAAGAUUAUGUAAAAGUGAGUUGCGUUGGAAGUUUUUAUGUGACUCCUCGUACUGAUGCCUAUGGAACUGAGACAACUACCCAUCACCCUGAAGAGAUACAGGAGUCAAUGGAAAUUAGCAAGAUGAUUGUUAAUGUCCUCCAGGCGUGGAUUGUUGACAACUAUUUCACAGGACUUGCUUUGAAAAUCCUUCCAGCAGACACUAAUUUGUGUGCAAGUAAAAUGUAAAUAAUACUUUUGGACAGUUUGUGUGUUGAAUGCUUAAAAGAACCAAGUCUGUGGAUCUGCUGAUGUACAGUGCCUUUGCUGCUAUAGAUCAAACCUUUAAUAUAGGUAAUAUAUUGUAUUGGUUUAGAUGUACUAUAUUUGGUAUUAGAGUAUAGAGACACAAUAUUUAGUUUACAAUAGACUGUCUAGUUGAGUUCUGAAAGUGGUAGCCAACUUUGUUCUGAGUUCUUGGUGUUUUGUCAUGAACAGUUUCAGAAUACUGCAACGCUGAAUGGUUUUGAUACAAAAACUUGUGAUUGUAUAUAUUUCUGAUGCACCAUGUCAGCAAGUCUCAUGCAGAUAAGUAGGGUGUGAAACAACACUGCACAUAACAUUUGCAGGUUGUAAAAUUUCAGAAUUUUUGUUUUGUAAGUAAUUCAAAGUGAUCUAAAGGUUUCACAUUUUUUUUCUUUGGUGGAAACAGUUGUAAGCAUGGAGACCUUGGCCAGAGAGGAGUCAUUUGUAUUUUUUAUUGAUCAUAGUAAUACACGAUUACACAUUAAAGUACUUAAAAUAGAAUCCUACUGUAUACAUAUGAGUAGCUGUUAGUCUGUGGAUCUGUCAUUUAAAAUUACUUUUAUACAUACUCAAGCGCAACAUGUAGAUUUUUAGCCUGUCUUGGCCAAGUUUCCUAUGUACAUAAAAUACAGUAUAGCAUAGCUUGCAGCAAUUGAGUCUGAUUUUUUUUCUCUCUAAAGAUAUGUUUAUUUUUCCUAAUUCGAUGCAUUAUCCCAUCAUUACAGAUAUUAGGGUAUUUAAGUUUGACAACCAGUCAGUUUUUUAAAUGUGCUUUUUCUGUCAUAUAAAGGAGAAUGGCAUGCCUCCAAUAAAACAUACUGUAUGUCUCCCAGCUUAAAAUAUAUGAGAACCUUGUUUUAUAUUCUCUUUCUGCCUGCCUUAUUUAAAAAGUUAACAAUAUUCAGUUUUAAAAGCCAUUGGAAAAUGUAAAGAACACCCUAUUUUAUUUUUUUAACCUGCAUUCCUAGGACUGGAUGACAUUCUGCUUUUUAUAAGAUACAUUUAGUUAUUGACUGAAAAUAAGUAUAUUAAAAAAUAAGUAAACAUGUUGUUAACUAUAGAGAUUGACAAAUAUAUCAAGUAUUGUCAUAUUUUGCAAUGCCUUUAAGUAAUGUUUCUUAGAAAAGGUUUCUGCAGAUGGCUGACCAAUCUGUCCAUCCAAUGUACAAAGAAUGGCAUUGCCCAUUUUUUAUUGAUUUUUAUAGAGGAUGCUCUGUAUCAUCGCCAUUUUAUAUGGAUGGCUCUCUUUUUUUUUUUGAACAAAAACAAAUUGAUAAGUAGGAUUUGCUUUGGUACUGGAUAGUUGUUCAAGAUACUAUUUUAUACAAACAAUGAAACAUUUAUGCUGUAAAAAAUGAAAAAAAGUACCUGUUGCUAGGUGUUGGUGUUUCUUUAAUACAACAUGCAUUUUGUCUU